UACAGGUUAUUUUACGAGAAUGGCAGAAUCUCUGAACUCAGGUGCUUCGAAUACCGAGGAAACUGAAGAUACUCAGGACUUUGAUGGGCAGGAAGCUGAUCAAGAUAUUCCAGUCGAGAGUGCUGAUAAGAGAAAGAGAUUCUUCAACAAAGAGUUGAGAUGUAUGAUGUAUGGAUUUGGAGAUGAUCAGAAUCCGUAUGCUGAGACCGUAGAUCUACUCGAAGAUUUGGUACUGGAUUUCAUUACAGAUACAACCCUUAAGGCCACCCACGUCGGCAGGCAAGGCAGAGUUCAGGUAGAGGAUAUCAUCUUCCUGAUCAGAAAGGACCCUCGCAAGUACUCCAGGAUCAAGCAGCUUCUACUUAUGAAUGAGGAACUCAAGAAAGCAAGGAAGGCUUUUGACGAAGCCAAUUACUAGCCCAGAGGCAUUGUUUGUUAAUCAGGGUCAGUAGGGGACAUCGAUGCUUCAAAGGAAAUUCCACUACUUCAAGAGACUUGACAUUGACAAAGUACAUCAGUAUCCAUCGUUUGAUUCUUGGUGAAUUCACAGUAUUCUGAAUCAAGUGUAGAAUUACUUAGUGAGUCAUUAGGUUAGAUUUCUGACAAUUCGAUAUUUGUGAAAUCGAUGGAUUUAAGCAAUGCCAAUAGUUUGAUUGCUGUGUUCUUGUAGAAACGGCAGGAAACUGUAUCAAGGUUAGAACAACUUUGUGACUUCUUGUGUAAAGUUCUUGGUGAAUUACUUCAGCACAUCUGCAGGUCAGGGUCAACUCUGCUCAAGAUGGUCAAAUGUGGCAAAGGAGACAUUGGUCACCAGCGAAUGAACUUCCUGUACCAGGCGGCCCACUGCAGCCUGGCACAGAACCCUGGGAACACCCAGCUGGCCAGGUUCUACAUAGAAACCAUGAAGAACGUAGCGGCAAAGCUCGUGCUGCGACUCGCACCUCACAUCAAGCGCACGAUAUGCAAAAAGUGUAGCGCCCUGUUGGUCCCAGGAGUUACAGCUACGGUCAGGGUCAAGGGUCGACGGCAGAAGCACGUCGUGGUCAGGUGUAUGGACUGUAAGCAGGUGAAGAGGUUUAACACAGAUGAAAAGCAUGUCCUGUGGGUGCAUAAACCAGAAGCUGUUCAAUGAAAGAGCUAGCUGACAAGCUAUGACUAGACAAAGUAAUGACUUUGAGGACCUGUCCCCAGUCGUUCAACAAGACUAAAGGCUCAUUCAGACAUGACGUAAACCACC